AUGGCUAAUACAAAUAUAAAUAAUAGUACUCCACAAGUACAAAUAAAAUUUCUUACCAAGCAAGAACAAUAUGCUGUUCCAGAUUUUCCAUUAUCAGUACAUAUAUCCAUCGUACCAAAUGAAUUGAAUACUCUUGUAAAUGAACUUUUAAAAGAAUCAAACGAUAUAGAGAAUGAUAUAGAGUUUGAUUUCUUGGUACACUCACAAUUUUUACGUACUUCAUUGAUUGAGCACCUAGCAGAGAAAAAUGUUUCUACAGAGGAAGUUAUAACUGUUGAAUAUGUUGAAAAAUACCCACCACCAGAACCUCAAGAUUGUCUUAUACAUGAUGACUGGGUAUCUGCAGUUGCUGUUUGUGAGAAAUGGAUCUUAAGUGGUUGUUAUGAUAAUACGUUACACAUAUGGACAUCUAAAGGAAAACAUCAUUUAGUAAUCCCUGGACAUACUUCGCCUAUUAAAGCAAUAGCAUGGAUAUCUUUGACUAGUGACACAGCUACUUUUGUUAGUGCAUCCCAAGAUCAAACAGCUAUAAUAUGGGAUUGGAAUAUUAUGGAAAAUUCUGUAGAUUGUAUUCAUGUAUGUAGAGGCCAUGAACGUGGAUUAGAAGCUGUUAAUAUCAAUUAUGACAAAACAAUGAUGGCAACUGGAUCAUGGGAUACAAUGCUUAAAAUAUGGUCUACAGCUAAUCAAGAUGAAAAUGAAGAUGGUGAAUCCACUUCAAAAAGAUUAAAGUCAGAACAUGGCAAAACGAGGGUACCUAAAAGAACAAUGAAAGGUCACAAAGAAGCUAUUAGUGGUGUAGUAUGGUCGGAUAAAGCCGAAAUUAUAACGUCUUCAUGGGAUCACACGAUAAAAGUGUGGGAUUCAGAACUAGGAGGAAUUAAACACGAAUUAACUGGAAAUAAAAGUUUCUUCGAUCUCGAUUAUUCUCCAUUAAGCCGCACAAUUAUAACAGCGUCAGCCGACAGACAUGUUAGAUUAUACGAUCCAAGAUCUACAGAGGGGACACUUGUAAAAACAAUAUUUACUUCUCAUACACAAUGGGUACAAUCUGUGAGAUGGUCACCAGUAGAAGAAAACCUUUUCAUUUCAGGAGCAUAUGAUAAUGAUAUGAAAUUGUGGGAUACCAGAAGUCCUAAGGCACCAUUAUUUGAUCUUUCUGGGCAUGAAGAUAAAGUAUUAUGUUGUAAUUGGUCGAAUCCCAAAUUUAUGGUAUCUGGUGGUGCUGAUAACACUGUAAGAAUAUUUAAAUCGAAACAUAUCGUUCAUUAAUAAUAAAUCAUUAUUUUAUAAGUUUCAUGUGUAACAGAAAAG